AUAUUAUAUAAACAUAUUUUAUUUCUAACUUCUUAUUUUCAAUUGUCAAAAUUUGGUGUUUGUCAGAUUCCUGUGGUUGAUCAUCAUAAAUUUUGUUGUCAUUAACAAAUUUUGUCGCCGCAAAUAUUCUCUAGUAGCUACCGGUGGUUCAAUGAAGGAGAUGUGUUUUCCGGUGAGAAAAUUUGUGUUGAAUAGAAUUGAUUGCACCUUUACUUUAACCAACCGAUUACUAAGACUCGGUUCGCACCUCUUCAAACAAAGUUUGAACGAGGAUCUUUGAUUGAUGAUUUUUGGGAAUGAAACUAAAUUAAGUUACCCUUCUCCUGUGGAGGUUCGGUGAGAGCUCCAAACUACAAGCUACGUUUAUGGCUACUUGAUAGAGAAAAGCUAAAGGAUAAACUUGACAUGUAUGUUAGAGUGUUGGUUUUGGGAACCUUUGUCUCUGUCGACCCUUCCUCCUAUUUAUAGCUACGGGGAUAUAACCUUCGUAAAAAAAACCCUCUUGCACAACUCUCAAACAAAAUGUUUUCGACUUAGCUUAGCUCCGGCCAUCGAUUUUCGUCGGCCCUGCCUAGUUCCGGCCGCCGAAAAUUUUCGCCCAGGCCAGGUUCCGGCCGCCGAAAAAAUUUGGCCCACAGUCUGUGUUUGGAAUUUUUCGGAAAAAUUUGAUUUUAGGAGUUGAAUUUAGAGUUUAGGAGUUGAAUUUACCUUUUAAGAGUUGAAUUUAGCGUGUAACAAUUGAAUUUAGAGUUUAGGAGUUGAUUUUAGCAUUUAAGACUUGAAUUUAGAGUUUAGGAGUUGAGUUUAGCAUGUAAGUAUUGAAUUUAGAAUUGAAUUUACAGUUUAGGAGUUGAAUUUAGCGGUAAAUUAGCGUUUAGGUUCACAGAAAUAUUGAUGUGUUAUAUUGUAAUUGUAGGAAAAAUGUCAGAGUGGUUACCGGCCGAUCAUGAUUACACACAGGAAUUUGAGAAUGGGAUCCAUUAUGCUAGUGUGGAGUUAGCUGCAAAAGCAAUCGCUCAGGAGUGUGGGUUCUUUAUUAUCAGAGAAGCAUGGAAACCGAAUACUACAACACUACAUCCUGUCACUGUCCUUUGUAUGUUUUGCGACAGAAACAGUUGGAUCGUUAAGUCUUAUAAACCAGACCCUACGAAGGAGACGCGUGGGAUAUUAGUUCGAAGGGUACUGAUUGCCAGUUUCAUAUAUGUAUUAAGGAAGUAUGGCAAGAGAAUGGUCCAAACACAUGGGUCAUAGUAGGAGUGACAAGUCGUGUAACCGGAGCUAAUAGAGGGUUUCACAACCAUGAAAAGGUGUUGUAUCCAGAACAUCACCGACACAACAAAAAGUUUAGUGAGGCUGAAAAAGGGAGGUUAAGAUUAAUGAGGAAGGCGGAGGUGAGACCAAAUCAGCAGAAGACGACACUAAAUACUGAAGGGGGUGUGCAUCAUGAUAUCAAACAGAUGUACAACAGAAAUUACAAGACAAGAUUGGAUGAGAUGGGUGAAAUGAAUGCGAUACAGUUUGCGCUUCACAGAGCUAAACAGCGUGGGUACCAUAUCUUUUUUGCAAAAAGACGCUAAUAAUGUGCUCACUAAUCUAUUUUUUGCCCACCCGACGUCCAUUCAGAUGUUGCAUGCAUGGCCGUACGUCAUCCUCAUCGACUCGACCUACAAGACGAACAGGUACGGCUGGCCAUGGGUUGAGAUUAUUGGGGUUACUCCAGUCAAGAAGAAUUUCAACAUUGCAUGUGCAAUUAUUAAGCAGGAAACAAAGGAAACAUAUGAAUGGUUGCUGCGAUGUAUUAAAGGAUUGCUCGGUGAUACGGUUUCGAAUGUCAUUGUGACGGACAAAGAAGGUGGUAUGCUUGCUUCUGUUUGUGUGGUCUUCCCUCUCCCACAUACUGUCCACCUACUAUGUUUAUGGCACGUCAACAACUGUGUGAAGAAAAGGUUUGAGCAAUUACUAGGUGGAAUUGCAAAAAGAGAGGUAGCACAAGCGGUAUGGAAGAAAUAUUUCGACAAAGCUGCAUGGAGUUGGGCUCAGGAGGGUUUUCUUCAAAAGAUUAAUGAGCUUGAGAGGGUCUGGACAGAGAAGAACAUAGAUAUGGUCGACUACAUGCGAGGUGAGUGGUAGCCUCAUGGUAGGUCAAAAGCGUAAUGCCUCAAUCCUAUCUCGUAUUAAACCGGAAAGUCCGGGUAUCGUCUCUCAGGGACUGGUACAACCUUAAGUUCUAUCAAUUUUUAUUGAGCAAACUAUAUGUGAAAAUGUUUAAUGAGAUGAAACUAUGAUCUACUAGCAAAAUAAUUAAACAAAACAAGCAAAUUAAAAUGUCGGGUUUAAUUCAAUGGGAGAAAUCUCUGGGAGAAACACCGGGAUUCACUACCUAUCCUAUCCAGAUUAAUUCACAUAUCCCAAUCAAUUUAAUCCAUACCUCUACAGCCAAGAUAUCACGAAUGUGCUAGCUAUCCCUGUCGGGAAUUACUACGUACUAAAUAAUCAAUCCAAAUCCUACUGUCGUAGCUCAAUGAAUUAACUAUAUAGUCUGAAGCUCGAUAUCCUAUUUAAGACCGCAUAGCACCUUAUUUAAUCCACUGUCGCUUCGAUAAGUUACUAUGUCACAUGAAACAGGUUCAGUUAAUAGCGUUUCACUGUCGCUAAUAACCUAAUUAACUACAAAUCAUUGUAUUGGUGGCCAGUCAACACAAAGCAUUAAGAAAUUUCAUGCAAUAGAGAUUGGAAGAAAAGAAUCACGAAUCAAUCCAUCAAAUCAAGAAAUAGCUACAUCCUAUGGUGUUUCCCCCAGAAAUUGGGGUUUAGUUCAUGACGAAAUUGAGAUAAAACAAUAGGGUUUUGAUCAUCAUGUUCUAAAUCAACAAUAAACAACUAGUUCGGUUCAGAAAAUCCAACCAACUAAUCGCUCUCGUUGAACUCAGCUCAAGCCUUGGAAAUCUCAAUCGCCGAUUGAGAAUCGACUCGUCGCGUUUGCUCUGUUGCUGCCUUGCGCUUUCUUUCUUUCUCGCCAAGAAAUUCGCGUCCCAAAACAAUAAUCAAAAUCCGCCGCCAAAAUAAUUCACUCCCCCAAAAACCAAAAUAAAGUUCCGCCCAUAAUAAUCCCUUUCUCCGAAUUCCUUGCGCAGCCUUCUCCCUCUUCCACCUGGAGACAACCACCCUUCUUUUUCUUUAAUUCCAAGCCGACCCCUCCAAUGAUCACCGCCAGCCCAAAACCACUUCUGUCCGGCCCAAAAUAAUUGGUCCCAGAGCAUGCCGUCCCAAAAGCCUCACUCCCCAGCCAAGUCCAAUUCCUUCCAGCCUUCCAAUUUUGAUUCUGGCCCACUUAGGCCUUUUGCCCAAUUGAGUAUUCCACCAGUGAUUCGAGAAUUGUUUGCCGGUGCAACUUCUUUUUCGUGUUUUCUUCACCUGUAAUAUCAAACUCAUGGCACUAGGCAGUAAUGGUUUUUUCAACCAUUCUCAGGUUAGCGAGCCCUAAAAUAGCACCAAUUGGCUAAAACAUACCACAGAUAAUCACAUAAAGUCCAAGAAUCUGAUAUAUUAAAGCUGAAUAUCACAACCACACACUGAAUUGUUGCUUGUCCCUAAGCAACGACUCAAAUGACACAAACACAUAACCAACCAUAACAAUGACACACCACAAACUCACUAAUCAAACACUCAAACAAAACAAAAUUUUCCUUGUACUCUUGUUGUAAUCAGUAGUUUCUUUCUCAAAAACAAGUUGUGCUUUAAUGAUCAUACCUUUCACCCCACACUCAAGUUCUUUGCAACCAUUACCAUUGACUGACUCAAAUCCAUCAAAAACUCAAAUAGCAACACUCAAAUUCGAUCAUCGGUAGCGGGUGGUUAACAACUUAUGGUGCAAUAGUUAUUAGGAGAAUCUAACAACAUCAGUGAGGUGCAUAUCUCGUGAGGACAAUCUGGCUUACUCACACCAAUCAUAAGCAAUUAAUUAAGCAUGAGUCU